UUUGUGCAUCUUCUUUGUGGUACUUUUUAUGAGGGGAACAGAUAGCCAGCCAGAUUUUGAACAAAAAGUAGAUGGAAUAUUGAAAAAGGUGUUUGAAUGUCGUAACCUUACCCCUGGGUUAACAAUUAGUGUAGUCAAAGAUGGAAAGGUUCUUAUGGCAAACGGUUAUGGGGUGACAGAUGUCACUACGAAAAGACCCGUGACCAAUCAAACGCUGUUUGAAAUAGCCUCGAUGUCAAAAGCAUUUGGUGCAACACUUCUGAUGAAGCAGAUUGGAAGAAGUGGAAACUUGAGUGCUCAGUCCAAAAUUAAAGAGCUUUUAGGUCCAACAUUUACCUUUGCUGACGCUGAGAGGAACAGACUAGCAGACGUCAACGACAUAUUGUCGCAACAACUGGGUAUCCCCGGUCAUUACUUGAUGAAACUAGAUCUCAAUCUCACGAGAACUAAUUUACUGACGCGAUUUAAGUAUUUGAAUGGGACCAAACCUUUACGACAGGGCUUCCUUUAUAGCGGAAUGAAUUAUGCUCUUGCUAUGAUCAUAUCCGAGCAUUUAGGCGGGAAUACGUGGGAAGAGUUGAUUAAAAAGGAGAUUUUUGAUCCAUUAGGAAUGUCUUCAUCGACUGUUAUGUCCAUUAUUCCAGAUUUAAGUAAUGCAGCGAGGGGAUAUGUUUACACUGAAAACUUCACUCUUGUUCCCGUUGAGUUCGCCUUGUCUCGACAGUGGGCUGUAUUAGCCUCUGCAAGUGGCAUUGCCAGUAACGCAGUCGAUAUGACUAAGUGGAUGAACUUCCACCUAAGUGGAGGACUAAAUGAUAAGAAUACUAUAGUAAUGAACUCCACUUUGGUUGAAAUGUUACACGCCCCACGUGUAAAGCUUCCACAUGAUUCUAAAUCAUGGCAGCCUGGAACCACGCACAGAAUGGUGGAGGACUCGUAUGCUUACGGGUGGAAAAGAGGUCAAUAUAGAGGACAUACCCUACUGAACCAUGGAGGGACGUCUUGGGGGUACAAUUCCUUCAUUAGUUUGUACCCAGAUGUAAACACAGGUAUCUUUACCGCUGUAACAGGGAGCGACCACUAUUAUAUGUUCCAAUCAGCUCUCCAUAACUUCCUCUUUGACAACGCAAACAAUAUCACCUCAUGGUUCAAUGAGUCAAUCCUCUGCAACUAUCCAGAGCCUUGGUACCAUGGUUAUCACAGAGCUCACCAUGUUGAUAAAACUAUUCACCCAUCUCGACCGCUGACAGAAUAUACAGGUCUUUAUACAAAUCCCGCCUAUGGUGAUGUGUUCAUCUUUAUGAACAAAAUGAAUAAGCUCGAGAUGAGCUAUGGAAUGGGUUCAUGGAUUCUUUAUCCAAAACACAAACGGGACCAGUUUUCUGGUUCAUCUACAGGAGACAUAUAUAGAGUGGUUGAACUAAGUACUGUUGAAUUCUUUGCCGAUGGACACGGGAAGAUCAAUUCUGUAAAACAGCCCAGUUUUGACUGGGACGAACCUCCAGUGUUUGUCAAAUCUGUAUAAAUAAUGAAAAACAUUACAUUCUACUGCGAUAUCU